CAUGUGUUUGUGUGUGUAUGUGUGUGCACAUAUGCAUAUUCAUGUGUGUGAAUGUGGGCAUGCACACUGUGAGCAUAUAGAGGUCAGAGGACAACCUUAGGUGUUGGUCCUUGCCUUCCACCUCAUAUGAGGCAGGGUUUCUUGUUUUUUCUCCAUGCCACACAGGCCAAGUAAGCUGGUUUGUGAGCUUCCAUGAUUCCUUGUACCUACCUCACAUCUCCUUGUAGGAGCUUGGGAGUUACAGAAGCUCAUUGAGCUACAUGUCCAACUUUCAAUGUGGGUUCUGGGGAUUUGAACUAUGUUCCUCACACUUGUUAGUGUUCGCAAGCAACUUUGGCCACAGAGCUGACACCUCAGCCCUAACUACCAUUUUCUAUAACCUUGUACAGAACCAUGAUCAUUUCCUUAUUCAUCAUUUGACAAACUUUGCCUAUAAAACCUUGAUCAAGAUUGCUCUUUUCUUGGUCCCAUUGACCUGGAUUUUUACCACUCUUCCUAAAUCUAAUAAAAUUUCCUUCUUCUUAUGCCCAGGAUACUAUGAAGGAAGCCUCUGACAGCAUUGAUGUAUGUAUGAAUGAGAAUGCCCUCCAUAGAUCACUUCCAUGUCUAUUCAAAUGUCUUUCUUGAGUCCUUAUUUACUGUGAAGUGCUCUUUGUGGUGAACUUAAGACCUCUCAUAGACUGGGCCUAACCUUCCUUUUGAACAGUUGCCAUCUCUCCUGCUACUCAAAAUGGAUCUUUGAGAUGUUCAUGAAGAAUCCCCUGCUUUCUGGCUGGAAGAAUGGCUCAGUGGUUAAGAGCAGCACCUGUUCUUCUGGAGGACAUGAGUUUAAUUCCAGCACUCACAUGGCAGCUCACAGUCAUUUGUAACUCCAAUUUCAAGGGAUCUAAUACCCUUUUCUGGCCUCCUCAGGCACCAGGCACACAUGUGGUGUGCAAAGACAUACAUAGAGGCAAAACACCCAUACACAUAAAAUAAAAAUAAUUAAAGCAAAAAGAAUUCCCUACUUGCUGAGUUUUGGUGUCCCUUUUAGUGCUAAUGAGUCAUCCUGAAACAUCCUUUAACAUUGCCUCAUUUGGAAAGCCUUGUCUAAUCCCUAUAGGCAUAAUUAGACAGUCUCUCUCCAAGGUGUUUCUCUUUCCAAGCUGUGGCCAGACAUCCUCACUUGUCACUCUUCCUUGCCCAGAGCAGGGCUUUGUUUUGCUUUGAUACAUACCUUCUAUGUGAUCUAGUUUAAAAUCUCAAUAUUCUGUCUCACAAUCUUUUAAAAAAAUUAUUCUUCUCUCGUACAAUACAUCCCAAUCACAGCCUCUCCUCCCUCCAAGCCUCCCAGCCCCAUUCACAUCCCUUCUCCCCUAGAUCCACUUCUCCUCUGUUUCCCUUCAGAAAAGAGCAGACUUCCCAGAGAUAUCAACAGAACAUGGCAGAACAAGAUACAAUAAGACUAGGCAUAAAUUCUCAUUUCAAGGCUGGGUGAGGCAAUCCAGUAGGAGGUAAAGGGUCCCAAGAGCAGGCAAAAGAGCCAGAGACACCCCCUCUCCCACUGUUAGGAGUCCCAAAAAUACCCCAAGCUGAACAAUCACAGCAUGUAUAUAGACAGUCUCACAAUCUUAGGAGGAACUGUCAAAGAUCUUGACUGUGUUUAGGUUAUCCUUAUUCCAAUCUCUUGAUGCUUUGUACAGUUUCUGACUUUAUCUGAAAGUUUUGAGGACUUCAGUCAUGCAACCCUGUAGCUAGAGUUUUCCUGCCUGGCCCACAGUCAGGACAAAUCUCUGUCACCCGCCAGUCCCACAGCAGCUCAGACCCGACCAAGUAAACACAGAGACUUAUAUUGGUUACAAACUGUAUGGCUGUGGCAGGCUUCUUGCUAACUGUUCUUACAGCUUAAAUUAAUCCAUUUCCAUUAAUCUAUACCUUGCCACAUGGCUCGUGGCUUACCGGCAUCUUCACAUGCUGUUUCUCAUCAUGGCAGCUGACAGUGUCUCUUUGACUCAGCCUGCCACUACCCAGCUUUAUUCUCCUCCUUGUCCCGCCUAUACUUCCUGCCUAGCCACUGGCCAAUCAGUGAUUUAUUUACUGACCAAUCAGCAACACACUUGACAUACAGAUCAUCCCACAGCACAACCCACAUUCUCAUCUAAUAUCCUUUAACCGAAAUAUUUAGUUAUGUGUCUGUCUGUCUUGGUUCCUUUGAUCAUUUUAUGCUUUUUGCCACUUGUCUUGACUGCAUGUAUCACUGAGUUUCUGUCCUGUUUUGGUACCUAGCCUGUUUCCUGAUGUAUCAGAGUUAUCAUAGCAUUGUCUGCCUUUAACUCACUGUUACCAAGUGUCACUUCUCAGAAAAUAGGGCAUUUUACGUUAGGUUUAUAACCUUGCCUUUACCUGAAAUGAAACCUGCUGUAUCUUCUCAUUUGUUCAGGAAAUGAACAGUGUUCUAGAACAAGGCUCUAGUAAAUGGACUGUCAGAGUCUUGGUACUGUCCAUACCUGUCCAGUCUUCUGAGAUUUCUUUCCGAUAUAGCCUGUGUUGACCUCUGUCUUUCUGAUAAGGGAUUAUCAUUCUGACAAGACAAAAAUCUGUCUGAAUCCUAACUGUAAAUUUAUAUGCAUGCAGGUGUGGUGGUGCAUGCUUUAAUCCCAGCACUGUGGAAGCAGAGGCAGGUGGAUCUCUGUAAGUUGAAGGCCAGUCUGGUCUACAUAGUGAGUUCUAGGCCAGUCAUGGCUAUAUAGUGAGAACCUAUCUCAAAAAAAUGUUUAUAUGAAUGUCUUAGUGUGAGUUUCUAUUGUUGUGAUAAAACACCAUGGUCAAAAGCAACUUGGAGAGGAAGGGUUUAUUUCAGUUAAUAAGUCUCAGGUCACAUGUCAUCACUAAAGGAAAUCAGGGCAGGAAUUGCUGUGAGCCAUUCCCCAGCGGUGGAUGGGUUCUGCAGAGGGUGUAAGGAGUCGGCAGGAGAAGGAAGUGAGCCAGGCCAUGGUGGUCAGGAGAAUCUUGCAGCCUGACUGACUAGCAGCCAGAGUGUUUCUUUAUUUAUACAGAAUUUAGUUAGCAGGGAUACAUUCAUGAUGUUCCAAAACAUAGAUCAUAUCAUUUUUGUUUUUGGACAUGUGUUUCACUUCCUUUUGCUCAUCUUUUAGUCAUCAUUAAUAAACUAUGACAGAACAGAGUUAUCAUUUCCAAUCAUUUUCCCUCAAGUUUUGACAUCAUUAAUAAACAGAGUUAUCAUUCUUACUCAUUAACCCCAUAACCCAAUUUUUGAGAAUCUAGAGGCAUAUGACAGCCUGUGCUCAGGCUGGUUAUUUUGGUUGCUUCAAGGACAUUAGACCAAAACAAAAUCUUCAACCACCCUGGGCAUUUUGCCAUGUCUCAAGCAAUGUAUUAUUAACUCUUAGUGGUCAGAGUACCCAGGAAAAAUUCUCAGGCUAAAACUGCUGUAGUUAUUAUUCAAAUUCUGGUAUAAUACAAUCAAUGUUCACAUUUAUAUCUUUAUAGAAUUGGUUCUAUAUGUCUAAUCCUGGCAUUCUGUUGUUCCUUGGUCAUAUGACAUUAUAGUGGCUCUACAUGAGCUAAUUUCUAACAGAGGGAGGUCCUGACACCUCAUACUUUUAUCAUCUUUCCACUCCAUACUUUACUUAUCAAUAUGUCUCUAUGUAGGGCAGAGUUGUAUGCCACAUAAUUGUCUGAGUGUACAGUGGGAAGAGGCUUGUAAUCUGAACUGUGGACAAUUCCUCUAGCCCACUGAAUCUUGUUGACCUUUUUGAAUUCACUUUGUUUUGAAUAUCUUGUUCCUGUGUAAGUAGAGGGACAGAUGCCUCAAGAAUGUCUCAUAACCUCAAAAGUCUCAUAGCCUCAUAAAGAGACCUGUGGCUACUUUAUGUGUCACAACUUCCAAGGCAUAAAGAAGACCUUCAAGUAAAUAAGGAUAUCUCCCUCAAAGUGGGGGAGGGGAGAUAGUAUGUUCAGGACUUUCCUGGGUAAGCUUAGAAGCAGCAUUCCUUGGAGAAGGCAUAAAUGAUUCAUAUGGAAUUUUCCAUCUAUCCAAUAACCCCAAAUUGUACAAAUAUUAAAAGUGCCCAAGUAUAUAACAGUUGGAGAUGAAAACCAAAGGUGGCAUGGCAGCCAUCAUGUGGCUCAGCUUUGCUGGGUCUUUGUCAAGCAGCUGUGCUGGCUUUAUGACUUAUGCCACUCCAUUCAGAUAUGGCUGUGCCAAGGAACAUGGAAGCAGAAACUGAUGUAAAGAAGAGUGCUGCUUACUGGCUUGUUCCCCAUAGUUUGCUCAGCUUGCUUUCCUAUAGAAUCCAGGACCACCCACUCAGGAGUGGCUCCGCCCCCAGUGGAUGCCCCCCUACCCCCAAUCAUUAUUAAGAAAAUGCACUAUAGGCUUUCCAGUAGAUCAAUCUGGUGGGGGCAUUUUCUCAACUGAGUUUACCUCUCCUCAAAUGACUCUAGCUUGUGUCGAAUUAAUAUAAAACUAGCCAGUACAAUGCAUUUGCUGUCAUUUUCAUUAAGGCUUCAUAGAACAAAAUCUAUUUUCCCUGUCAGAAAAUUCUUCCUGGAAUUGGAGAAUCUGUGAAGAUUGAUGUAUGCCAUCAUAUAUAUCUUUUUUUCCUGAUGGCUAAACACAUAGUUCUCCAAUUCUUCCCUAUCCAAUAUAUCAUCAAAUCUUCCAUAGUCCUAGAUAACCCCCAUCUAUGGUAGGUUGAUCUGGCAUUUUUAUCAAGAGUUAUUUAGUGCCUGAGAAGUGAGUAAAGCACAAAAAGUCCAAUUAAAGGGCUUGAGUUGUUAGAAGACAUAUGGGAACAACACCUACAGCACUUGCUUAUCCUUGUACCCACCAUUGCAACUCUAGGCACAGAACCACUGGCAUUUUCUAACACAGUGUUCUCUGGGAAGGUCCUCCCUUCCAUCAAGGCUUCUUCUACACAUUGUUCCACUCUGCUCAUGGUUCUUCCCCCACCCUGGGGGGGUGUCUCCUUGGUCUCCUGCACUACUACUAAGGUUACUUACUCCUUAUCACUUCCCUGCUUUCUUCCUCAGUCCUCUUGGAUCAGCUUCUUCUAGAUCAUCAUCAGUCUAGGUCCUCCCAGUACACCUGACAAUAAGCCUUUCCUAGCCCCCUCUUGGCAAGAUAUCCUGGAGUAUGCUAUUCAAAAUAUUCCCUGCUGGGGCUGCUCCCAUGGGAAUCAAUAAAAAGAAAAGGUUUUGUUGACUUUUGUUUGAAGACAAGGCAGGAAUAUUAAUUGGUGUCUAGGUGGUUGAAAAUUCACUUUGGAUCCCUACAGUGUCUCAAAAGCAUUCUAUUAAAUACUCUUUUCUUGGGGCCUGAUGGUAGCUUAACCUCUUACCCUUCUGUAGGUCAACUAAUGCAGUUCUUUGGUGAGUAACGGUACAGGGUAGGAAGAGAGACAUAUAAAGGCUACGUUCUUAUUUUAACUGUCCUAUAGUCUGGGUUGAUGGUCUCUCUAUAGUGAAAAGGCAUGCUCUUAAUAUCAUUAAGUAAAAUUGAAAGAACAACAUAGGCAAUACUAUAUACUGUGUUAGAAACCUACACAGACCUUUGCAUGGUGUUAUACAGGACAGACACAGGAAGGAAUGAGCAUGUGAAAAUUCCUUGGCAAAGCAGGCAGUUCAGUCCUGGGUUAGGAGGUUUUUUUGGAGGCCUGCUUCUCUUUGAUGCCUACAGGGCUAGUCACAGGAAAACAUUUAUAAAAGCAAUCUGGAAUUGAGAUUUCUCUGGCUCCUUAACCCCUUGCCUCUUUUUACUUAUUUCUUUGAUAGAGACAGAACUGCUAGGUUUUUGGGUCAGAUAUUUACUUAAGGCACAUGGAUAAAAUAGUAAUAUUUUCUGAUCCAAGGGCUACCAGGUGUAAUUAUUUCUAACAGUUUCCUGAAGACAGAGACUUAAGGAUGGAUUGUUUAGAGGAUAACUUGAAGCAGAUGUUCAGGUGAUCAGAGUCACACUUCUCUACACCCUCUAUUUCCCUCACAGCACCACAUUCUGGAGUGAUUAGGAAAACAGUGUGUUGCUGGGAAGGAAGGAAGAGUCAUGAUGGGUGGGUGUGGACACAGCACUUUUGAUCAGGUUACUCCAGUUACUACACCCUAUCUCAAAAUCCCCAAAAUUUCUAUUACUCUUAGCCAGAUUGCUUCCAACAUAUUAUUUAUUAGGUACAGUCCAAUUAAAGGGAUAUUUUCAAUAUUUGACAAUUUUUAUAUUAAAUCUCAUUCAAUUUUCACUAUGCCUCUGAGGAGCAGAUUUUAAUAUAAUUAUUUCACAUGUGAGGAAACAAAACUGGAUGUUGGGAAAUGCCUAGUUGCUUUUCUUAGGUUAAUACAGCUGACAAGUCAGGAAAGAUAACUUUGUAGCCUUCCUGACUGUCAUUAUUGCACAGUCCCAUGGCAGCUGUGGUUGAAGGAAAAGAAAAUAUACGACUUCCUUUAGAGGGAGAAGCAAACUUUCCUGGCCAUUUUAAAACUUUGCUUUCUUGAGCCACAUCCCAAGAUGACUUUUGUUUCUUUACCUUGUAGUCAGAGACUCACUUUUGUCAUCAUUGGGGCUAUAAUCAGUGGCUAUCACUGAUCUUUCCCACCUAGCAUGUGAUUCACUUCUCUUACACCCAAAGCUUUUCUAGAUGCUGAAUAUGGUCAUUAGAGACCGUAUAUUAUUAGCUCAUCUUGGCAGUCAAGUAAAAUCUGGAAGAUGAAGAUGCUGUCACAUGAAAUAUUUUUUCAGAUGUUCAUAUUUUGGGCAGUUUCUGAUGUGUGGUUGGUUAAUGUUUGAUGACCACCUGAGGUCAGUGCUGAUGAAGUCUUCGUGUCUUUGUGUCCCUGUCCUUAUGUUUCACAUGAGAGGAUCAUGGUUCCUGAGGUAUUAAGAUGUCAGAGAGACACAAUCUCCAAAUCACUGCUCUUCAGUCCUUGUUUCAUCAUCUAUAUUGUUACCCUCUCUUAGUCAUGGUCCAGGGGUCCUAGAUCUUCUUUCUUGGCCUGUAAGAGCCACUCUAACAGAGACAGGAGAGAAUCUUCUAUCUUGGGUCAGUACCUGUGAGCUGUGACUUUAUUCACUUUUGCAGACCUGUGACACUGGUUCAUUAUUUCUUCUUAGAUUGCUGUUUCUCUUGUAACAGACAAUAAUGGCAUUUAAUAGGGAGCAUCUUGGGAACACAGAUAAUGUUGCAAAUUGUUGCUGUGAUAACUUUCUGCUCCACUCCCAGUAGGUGGCUACAACACACAAUUCUUUGGCCUUAAUAUUACUGAUGUGUCCAAGAGCUUCUGUUUACUCUCCAGGUCACCAAAAUGUUUAACACCAACACACUAGCAAUUUGAAGGAGAGGGAGAUGCAGCAGGAGGCAGUCAGUCACUGAGAUAUUGGGUCAGAAAGCAAGUGAACAGGAUGGGAAUAAUGCAAGGAAGGGCCUGAUCAGCGUUGGAGUCUCCAGAGACUUCACAUUAUUCUCUAAUGUUGGCAGUCAAAUCAAAUCAUGUGUGGAAGAGUGAGUUGCCUCUAAUUGAAGGAUUUUACAGAUGUUAGUAUUUUUGGCAGUUUCAGGAGUUCAGUGGAUUAAGGGUUGCUGACACUGAGGCCAAUGAUGAAUACAUCAAGUACCAGCAUUUGGAGUAUGAGCUUGAGAGAAAAGAUUUUAAACUAAUAAUACUUACUGGAUACUUACAGUUAAAUAAAUUAGCCCAGAACACACACAUUGUGAAUCUAAGCUUAGAAUCUGGUUUCUGAACUUCUCACCAAUGAAUUUCCAACUGUCUUACCUCUUCUGGUUUGAAGAUGUACAGAAAUAUUGAAUAAAUUGAAAUUUAUUUUUGAGCAUUUCUUUAACACUAACUGUUGAGUAAGACUGAUGUGGUGCUGGUAUUGACGUCAGUGAGACUGUACACCCUGACUUCCUAUUAAUCUUCACUCACUGGGUUUUGUAUCUCUGCCUUUCUUUACAGUGACCCUUUGCUCCUUGGUGUGGGAUAACGACCAUGAUUCUUUCCAAUAAUUCUCACCUCCUUCUACAUACUUUCUUCUUGGCUGGCAUCCCAGGCCUGACUGCUGCCCACAUUUGGAUAUCCCUUCCCUUCUGCUUCAUGUUUGUCCUGUCACUAACUGGGAAUGCAGUCCUGCUUUCUCUCAUCUGGACAGAACACAGGCUUCACCAGCCCAUGUUUCUGUUUCUUGCUAUGCUCUCUUUUGUUGACCUGGUCCUCUCCCUCUCCACUCUUCCCAAGAUGCUGGCUAUUUUCUGGUUUAGUGCUACAGCCAUCAGCUCCUAUGCCUGUCUGUCCCAAAUGUUUGUCAUUCAUGCAUUCUCUGCCAUGGAGUCAGGGGUGCUGGUGGCCAUGGCCUUGGAUCGCUUUGUGGCUAUCUGCAACCCACUGCAUUAUGCAACCAUCCUUACUCCUGAAGUUGUCGCCAAGAUUGGAGGGCUGGUGGCACUGAGAGGUGUGGGUUUAACCAUCUUCUUUCCAAGCCUGGCCCAUCGACUGUCUUACUGUGGUUCACACACAAUUGCUUAUACCUACUGUGAGCACAUGGCAGUGGUGAAGCUGGCCUGUGGGGCCACAACCGUGGACAGUCUCUAUGCCUUGGCUGUGGCAAUCUUUCUUGGUGUGGGGGAUGUGGCCUUUAUUGCCUACUCUUAUGGACAGAUUGUCAAGACUGUGAUGCAUUUUCCUUCACCUGAGGCACGUGGCAAAGCAGGAAGCACAUGUACAGCCCAUGUCUGUGUCAUCCUUUUCUUCUAUGGACCAGGCUUUCUUUCUGUGGUCAUGCAGCGCUUUGGGCCAUCCACAGCCUCUGCUGCCAAGGUCAUCCUUGCCAACCUCUACUUGCUCUUCCCCCCUGCAUUGGACCCCAUUGUAUAUGGGGUUAAGACCAAGCAGAUCCGAGAGUGUCUGUUCACAGUUAUACGCUCCAAGAAGAUUGAACCCACUUGACUGUCGUUUAUGUCAGCUGGAAUUCAAGGUCAAGAUGCCCCUUCUCCAUAGAUUAGAACCUCUACUACCCAAGUCAUUUGCCUGAUGGGGACAGAAGGCAUUCUGGGAUAUUGUAAGAAGGGAAAUCUUUUCUGGGUUCUCUGAUGUUUGCAUAUUGGAAUUCAAGACUAAGAAGUUCUGUAGAAUCUCAGUUAUUCACUAAGUGGUACCUUUUGGUAUCCUUUUCUUCUAAAUUUGAUAGUUUGUGUUGAUGAUAUAGAUAUAGCAGUUAAGAAAUAGGAUGUUAGCUGGGCAUGAAGAUACAGGAGGGAAACUGAGGCAGGAGAAUCAUGAGUUUGAGGUUAGCUUGGACUACAUGGUGAGUUGUAAUCUGAUGAGGGCUACAUAGGAAAACCAUCUCUCUCCCUCUGUCUCUGUCUCUGUCUCUGUCUCUGUCACACACACACACACCCACCCAACCCCCCCCACACACACAGAUUUUUUUAUACAUUGAGACUCCAGGAAUUUAGUGAGCAUUGUAAAAUAAGUGCUUAUUCUGGACACUUGAGGAAAUGAGGCAGCUCCCACCACGUAGCAUAUACACUCAGCCUCCACAUGAGAGCAGAGAUCCUCUCUACCACAGAAAGUCUGGCUUCAGAGAAAGAGAGAUAGCAAAUCAUGGAGAUGUCUUGGAGUUUGAGUUUAUGAGAAAACACUUUAGACUCUUCAUGCCCUAUUUGUUUCCAGAGUUGCAGGUGAAGCUUAGUUUAUUUUGUAUACUCGUUCAGUUUAAUUUUGUGAUAGACUGUCCUUCUAGUACUGUAUACUUUUAACCCUUAAAAAUAAUGUAUUCUCCUCUUUCUCCAUAUUUAGUCUGAAGAGUAGAGACUCAAGCAUAAACAUACCCCGUAUUUUUUCUUGAUUCUCAUUCUACUUAUUAUUUUCUCUCUUCCUUUCUAACCCUCUUGCUCAUUUCCUCCCAAACUCCUCCCAUUACCACUCACUUUAGUGUAUCUGCUGUAUGGUUUUAUAUCCUCACAUGUCCUUGAAAUGCAUAGUAUUGCCCUAGUGUUAUAUAUUCUGUAUACACACACACACACACACACACACACACACACACACACACACACACAUAUACAUACAUAAGUGCCCUUCUCUAAGUUCUUCAGGUGUUUGUGUUCCCUCCAGUCAGUUAGCCAAGAUGCCUGUUCUUAAGCUCACCAUUUUUGUUCACCUUUAUUCAUUUGGAGGAUUUCCAAUCACAUCAAAUCACCUGUUUUCCAUCAGAAAACUUGUCUAUUUCUUUCAUCAUUUAUUAUAAUUUACAAUUGUAUAUGUAUUUUUGAAUGGAUGAAUUAUUUCUGCAUCCACAGCACAAAGUGAUUGUAUUCCUGUCGUGGUUCCUGGCAUUUGAUAAGUAAUAAAUGUUUGCUUAAUACAUAAACAGAUCUUUUUUUAAUGAACUACUUUAAGAAUAGCACCAUGUCUUCAUCAGCCAUAUAAAUAUAAUAUGUGUUUUGGAAUAAAUAAAUAAACAAAUCUUUAUAACAAUGAGUAUUCAGUAUAUUUUAUUGAAGUGAAAUAAACCAUUGUCAUCCUUAUCACAUCACAAAUACUAGUGUCUUUAUCAUCAUAAUCAUGAUUGAAAUCUCCUUUCAUUCUUUCCAAAUGUAGUAAUUUCAAAUGGCUGUGUUUCAGGCCCUGAAGAGAGCACUGGAGGAUAUGCUUCCCCUUGCAGGGCAGACUUAUGGCUGUAUGCAAUCACCAAACAAACAGAAAACUAGCAUUUGUCUUCUGGUCUUCACUCAUUCCUCCUUUCUUUUCCUGACAUUAUUUUGUUUCAUAUUUGGAAUAUUUCUCAGAAUUUCAGAAUGUUAGCAAGAUGAUGAUCUGGGAGAGAGAUGGAAUAAUUUCAUGAUUGCUAAGGUGGAUUCUUUAGGUGGGUGACAGGUUGAGUGAAGGUUAUCUCCAAGUGACUUAGAAGUCUCUGAGGACUUUGAAUAAACUACUUUGAACAAUUCUCUGAAUAUCUUGGAUUAAUGAAAAAUAUUGUUAAUAAAGGCAGAUCCGAUGUACUUAGCUCUUACACUGUGGUUCCUUGAGAUAAAAAGUUGGUUUAUGUUCACAUUCAAUGUCCUCCAAAUGCCAGUUUAUGUCAUUAUUCUUUUCAUUUGGUGUAUGAUAGAAGCUCAAUGACACUGUGCAGCAUUGCAAGAGAACACUACCACACAUCACCAUCUUGGAAAAGAUUAAAUUCACAAUUGUUUGUCUUAGACUGAAUGCAUUACACUUUUACACCACUGUAAAGCUGGACACUAGGACACUGAGAACCAUGUGCAUUUAUUUAAUGAAUGGACAGAUGUAGUUUCCUACAAUGUGUGAAUGAAAUAGUUGUUGACUAGAGGAGGGAAAAGAUUAAAGCUGAAGCAUUGCUGCUAUGGAAACCAUGGGAUCGAUGUCCUUGAGAGCCACAGUCUGAGACAGUUGGCAUUUGUUUUAGUCUGGGUUCUUCAAAAACAGACUCUAAAGCACAAAUUCAAAUUAAAGGAAUUUGUUGUGAAGUAGAUAUGGGAGCAUCAAUAUUGAAGAGUGAGGGAAACAUGAUGGGCAGAUGAACUUAUACUGUGGUAUGGAUUUCUCAGUUGCAUUGGUAAUCAAAUAAGACCUCUUGAGCUGGAGAGACUGUUCAGAAUUUUUAAAAAAUUUGAACAAAGUGGGUUUUAUCUUUAUAUUCUUACAUCACCAGUCCAAUGAGUGCUGAAGGGAAAAGAAAAAUAUCUUGGGGCAAGAAAGCCUCUUAAAUUUUUAUUCCUCCAUAGGAGAGUGACUCAGUUAUGACUUCCAGCAACUAAUGCUUCUAGAUCUGGGAUCAUAGCACCCAUUAAAGAUGAAAAAUUCACAGGGGCCUAAGACUUGUCUGUGAGAACAAGAAGUAUAAAUGCCACAUCGGUUUGAGGUUCAUGGCUCACGGAGCACUCAUUUCCUAGUGCAGCUCUCAGGGUGUUCAGACUUAGAGUCACUGUCAGCACUGCACAGAGCCCAGCCACACAGUUCUGAGUGGGUGCCACCACUAGCCUUGUCUCCCUGCCCACCCCCACUCACCCUCUGGGAAGUUCACUCACCCACGACUCUCCUGCCAGUCUGAAGGCUAACUUAGGCUUUGACCAAAUGUGUCUGCCAGUCCUCUGAGACCUGCCAGUGGGUAUUAAUACUUUCCCAGAGCCUGUUCACAGUCAUAGUCCCUCCUUUGAGGAAACGUUAAGAAGGGACUUCCAUAACUUUCACAACCAGUGACAAGAUGAGGCACAGGACUUGGGCUGUGGAAAAUGAGGUCAGAUUUGGAACUUGGUGGUGGAGGAAGCCUAUUGACAGCUGAUUUUUUUUCACAGUCCUGUGGCAAUGAUUAUUUCUUAGCUUGGUUAGUGGGGCUGCAACUCUGCAAAUACACUGGUUUAACACAUCUUGGUUGUCUGUGUAUGUGUGUGUAUGUAUAUGAUUUUGUGGGUGUGUGCAUCAGUGUGGGUGGAUGAACCUGCAUGAGAAAGCCAGAGGAAGAUGGCAGGUGUCUUCCUCAGUCUCUCUCCACCUCAUGUUUUUGGAGUUCACUGACUCAGAUGACUCAGUUCACUGACUGAGAUGGAGCAUCUGGCCCACAGUGCCUGCACUGCAGGGGUUUGACUGACUGAGCUUUCUCUCCAGCCCAGCACCUCUUAGUAGUUUUAGAUUUGUUUCUUCUGAGUCAGAAUGUUUGUUCUUUCCAGGUCUGGCCUAGACACUGUCAGGGGGAGUAAAGCACAGGACACAGAGAUCACAGAGGACACAUUCCUGCAAGCUAACUGUUAGUGCACAGACACCUACUAAUCUCUUGAGCCUCAUGGUCAGCUGGAGACACUCACAGGCCAUUUCACACAGUCUCAUUUUCUCAUCCUCACAGCACAUUAGCACAGGAGGAUGCAGGCUCUUUCUCUGAGUCUUUCCAGAGCUACUAAUUGUGUUUACAACAUCGGAAAGAUUAGCUUCCCAGGUCUUGAGUGAUGUGUUUAAUUUUCUCUCCAACAUUCAGAAAUUGCUAUGCAGCCCUUCUGAGCACAAAGUCUCCCUUAUUAUCACUCCAAAGCUAGAGCAGGGUGUCACCAUGAGGCUGCACUGGUGCCUGGAAGCUCUGGAGCUGGAGCAGGGAGGUGGAAACUCUGGGACUGAGGAGGAAGGCUUAGUAGAACCUUCCUGAGUGUGGCAACUUUCCCCUUUUCUCCCUCAGCUGACACAGAGCUUCAACAGACACAUCCUUGAGGACAGCCCAGAGACAAGGACGACUGUCCUGCCUGUCACGUUAGGUUCUGGGAUGUGUUAGUUGGAGCCGUGUCUCUGAGUGCUUGACUGUGCUGCCUUCCUCUUAUGUCCGGGCAUUAUCAUCGCUCCACUGCUUCUACACCUCUGCCUGUGUUCUUGUCUUUCUCUUUCCUACUUCAUAGAGUCCAGGUCACUGUUUAGGAGACUAAGGAGAGAAAGUCCUGUCAUAGUCCACACAGCAGACUUCCUGCUCAAGAGGCAGUCAAAGAAGUGACUGCUAGUCACCCUUCUUUUCUAUACACAUCUAGAACUCUGUCCUUGUUUCUUACAGCUGAGACCCAGCAGAGCCCACAUUCCUAUGAAGCACCCAGAGUGUCUUGUAAGGGUGGGGAACAUCAAGACGCAAUGGUUACCUUUCAGUAGACACUCUUCUGCUUAUUAUGUGCUUAUCCCUGAAGUCCAGCCUCUGCUUCAUCAAGUUCCCACAGUUUCAGUCUUUUAAGACCUUUGCAUACUUACUUACUUGCUGUGUAAUAUAAACAUUUGGAUGUGUGUUUCCUCAGCCAGUCAUAUGCAAGACAAAUCGGAUUCCAGGUAUGCUGCAUCUUGCUCUGGGAAGUCUCCCAUAAGUAAGACUUCAUCUCCACUCUUCAGGAUUAGAUGAUCUUAUGGUACAAGGUAAUCAGUGCAGUCACACAGCAGUAAGAGAAUUAUAAUUGAGGACAAAGAGAGACAUGUCAGACUGCCCUACAGCACUCAAGCAUGACUUGACAAAUGACAGAUGGCUUGGGCUGGAUCUGCAAGGGUGUAAGUGAAGUGCAGCCUUGGUCCUUUUCUAACUGUCUUACACUUCCUUGUCAGAGAGCUAAAUACAUGUUUCUGUUCAGAUUCCUGAAGACAAAGUCUUUUCUUUUUUUCAGUAAGGCUCACAGAGGUCCACCUACUUACAUAAGCAGCCCCAGACUUUUACUCUGUGUGCACAAGCCACAGAACACAAGGAGGCAGCUGAUGCCAAGGAACAGCAACAUUACUCCUCAGCUCUCUUGGUAUUGAUCCUAUAAAAGCUAUGGACAUGUUUCCAAAAUGUAUAGUGGUACAUUUGCUUCUAUACUGAACUAUGCAAUGCAGGCUGAGGUUUGCAUAGGAAGGUGUAGCUAAGAAAGAGAAUAAACUUUCUCUUUGUGUGGAACACCAAACACCAAUGGGAGAAGUUUUGUACAUGGUUAGAUUACCAUGGAUCUCUCAAGAGAACUAUCACUAUUCCUUUAUUUUUAGAGAUGAAGAAAAGCAAAGGCUGGGAAAUUUGUGUUCGCUAGGCAUUUUGGAUUUUGUAUUUAAUAUAGACAGAAUUUGGGGGCAAUGUCAUAGUCAUUACUGAUUUAUUUUAAAUCACUCAGAAAUAUAGAUGUGGGAUCCCAAGAACUGAGUCAUGUCUGACUCUUUAUGUGUAUGUGUAUGAAUCUCAGAAUAGAAUAAUACUAUUUCAGAGUGCAUCAUUUUCUUAAGGCAAAUAGAGUCACAAAUACACCAUCUAAUGUCUUUUGCAAUGCUUCCAGAGUGACUCACAUGGACGAGAUUAAAACAGGGCACCUGUUUCAUUUACUUGUGCCUGUUGUUAAUAUUUAUAGAGGCAACAGCAAUGUAUUCUUUCUUGCAAGACAACAAGAGACAGACAUUUGAAACAUAGAAGGAGAUUUGUGGAUGCAAAGAAAAAAAGGAAAGACAUUUGGGAUUUCAUUCUUUAAUAAUUUUUAGUAAUAGUGAAAUCCAUAUCUUGUAGAAUAAUGUCAGCCUAGACUUGGAAUGUACGCUUUAAUUAAUAUUUAUAGUAAGUUGUAUGGCUGAUCUUUA